UUUUUGUGCAGGCGAAAUUCACGCAAGCGUGUCGUUCGACUGUGUUGCGUUGAAUACAAAAAAAGCAGACACCGGUGAUCUUUUUGGGUCGCUUCCGAUUCGGAAUCGUUUUCGGAAGACCAGAGGGUAAAGUGUUGAGAGGUUGCGAUGUCGUCGCCCAGCGCCGGUAAACGGCGCAUGGACACGGACGUGAUCAAGUUGAUCGAGUCUAAGCAUGAGGUCACCAUGCUCAACGGACUCAACGAGUUCUUUGUCAAAUUCCACGGCCCUGCCGCCACCCCGUACGAAGGUGGGGUUUGGAAAGUGCGGGUCUUGUUGCCGGAACACUAUCCGUUCAAAUCUCCAUCCAUUGGUUUCAUCAACAAGGUGUACCAUCCAAACAUCGAUGAAGCGUCGGGCACGGUGUGCUUGGACGUGAUCAACCAGGCCUGGUCGGCCCUCUACGACCUGUUGAACAUCUUCGAGAGCUUCUUGCCGCAGCUGCUGACCUACCCGAACCCGAUCGACCCAUUGAACGGGGACGCGGCUGCGUUGUACCUGCACCGACCCGAAGACUACAAACGCAAAGUGCGGGACUACGUGCUCAAGUAUGCGACUGAAGAGGCGCUCAAGAAACUUGACAACGGCCAGGCCUCUGACUCGAGCGACUCGGACGGAUCCGAGAGCUCCAUGUCUGACUUCUCCGAGGACGAGGCGCGCGAUAUGGACCUCUGACUGCGAUUUCCUUUCUUCUUCUUCUUCCCGCCCUGUUGGUCUUCUUCUUAAUCUUUGUGUCUGCCGAAGAGUGUGUGAUUGCGAUUGUGUGUGUGUGUGCGUGCUUGUUCUUUUCUUCGUGGUUUUACUGAUCAAUUGAUUUAACAUGCGCGCCCUCUCCGCCCAUCGUUGACUACUAGUGUUCGUCGAAUCUCUCUAUCUGUCGCUUUUCCGAUACGUACCGCAUCCACUCGAAUAUUGGAACGCACGUUGUUUUUUAUUUGGUUGGAGAACUAGACUUGAAGGAAAUUAGGUAAAGUGCAUUAAUGCUUCCAACUAAUUCAAUCGUUCGAAUACCGAUUCCAAGUGGACGAAUCUUCGUGACUAGUUUCUGUCCAAUAGCACGAGCCUGGAUCUUGAUUUCUGUCAUCGUUCGUGGAGAUUGAGUUGGCAACGGUAUUUAGAGAAGUUUCAAGAGGCUCUAUGAAAUCAUCAGAAGUUUACGCACUUUUUUGGUUUGAUGAAAGAAAUAACGUGAAGGGCGUAAUUGCUUCCAACUAAUCCAAUCGUUGAAACACUAACUGGGACUAGUUUCUGUCUAAUGGCACGAGUCCGGGUCCUUAUUUCUGUUGUUCGAGGAGAUUGAUCGGGGAACGAUAGUUCGAGAAGAAUCAAGAGGCUCGACAGAAUCACAAGGAAUUCACGCGAAUUUUAGAUUGUAAAUUUUUUUGCAUCUUUAUGAGGACGAAUGUUGAAUGUGCGUCUUAUAUUCGAGUGAAAACGGUACUUCGCAUCAUGCGAGAGGAACUGAAGCUCGAUUUGCUGUAACUUUGUCCCCUUUUUCUCGCGUUCGCGUAUGUAUUUGUGUGUGUGUGUGUCUUUCUCUGUCACUAUUUCCAAGUUUACCACAUACGCACACACACACAAUUACAUUCGCCUAUUCGAGAAGAACUGAAGCGUGAUCCGAGCCUAAGGAGUGAAGAGAGAGAGAGAGAGAGAAAGAGAAGCAGUUGCUGUGCGUGAAUGAAGCAUUGCCGUUAACACACUGCACUGGUGAUUGGAUCAUCAGAGUCCAUUUUUUAACCGACAGGCUUGUGCGGUAAUUUUCCAGAACCGGAGGAUCAUCCGGGAUUUCUGUCUGAGCAGUUGAUGCAGUGAGGCGUGGGAAUAUUUUCCCUCACAUUUUUAUGGAUAAAAAGGUGGAAUUACCUCGUUUGAUGGCUUUUGUGGGGAAACUGUUGAGAGUGUAGCAACUAGGAGAAUGAUGAGUUCACACGCUUUCAGUUUAUUGGAUAGUUACUUUCUGUAGGACAAAGUUCUGGAGAUCAAGUACUGUCAUGAAAGUUCAAAGCACUUUAAGGAGGCCUUUCCAAG